AUGCUGCCGGUGCAUCUACGGCUGAUGGCGGCGCUGGUGGAGACGAUCGGCGCGCCCAUCAAGCUCACCGUCGCGGCUGCUGCGGCGCAUGACACGGGGUUCCGAGAGAAAGUCAUUCUCCUCGCUCAGGUAAGCGUGCUCCUCGCCAAGGUGUGCUCUCAGGCCUUCCAUCGCAUGAACGUGCGCCUGCACAGGCGGCUGGACACGCGGCAGCACGACAGGCAGCACCGCCACCUGCCCAUCCGGCCACUCAACGAGGAGGGGGCUGUGGACCUGGCCGCGCACCUGCUGGGGGAGCUAUUCGUCUUUGGGAUGGGCGGCAGUAUCAUAGUAGCGGAGGUGGCCAAGCAGGGGCGGGCAGAGGCCAGGAAGGAGGAGGCGCACAGAAGAGAGGUGCAG